GGCAUUGUAUUGGUGCUUGAUUUAACGUCACGACUAGAAUCUGGACGGACUGUGCCGGAUAGGAGAGGGUAACAGAAUGGAUGAUGCCGUGGAAAUCCGCACCUGAAGGCCUCCGAGGAUGAAUGGGCAAAGUCAAAAACGCCCGGCAAAAUGCUCUUCCUCCGGUCUCGCUGGCUUCUCGUCCGAGGAAACCAACAUGAAGCUUGGCGAGUAUGUUCGGAAUACGUUCCGACGGCCCUGUAGUAGUUCUACGUCUGCAAAGGGAGGAAACACACACUGAACCUCAAGCGAUCUCCAUUACCCCUACCAUACACCUACAAAUCAACAAUCAAACUCAUCAUGGCAAAAUCCAUCCUCCUCAUCAACGGCCCGAACCUCAACCUCCUCGGAACCCGGGAACCCACCCUCUACGGCAGCACCACACUCCCACAAGUCAUCGCCUCCGCCUCGCAGCAAUGCGCCUCCUUUUCCAUCUCCUUCGCAUCACUCCAAUCCAACCACGAAGGUAUCCUAAUCGACCGAAUCCACGAAUCCCGCGGAAAAGUCGACGCCAUCAUCAUCAACCCCGGAGCAUUAACACACACGAGCGUGGCGCUGCGGGAUGCGUUACUAGGGGUUGAGAUACCGUUUGUGGAGGUGCAUAUUAGUAAUAUACAUAAGAGAGAGGCAUUUCGACAUCAUAGUUAUUUGAGUGAUAAGGCGGAGGCGGUUAUUUGUGGGUUGGGGGUUUAUGGGUAUGAGGCUGCGAUUGGGUAUGCGGUGAGGUAUAUUAAGCCGAGAGAGAAGCCACAGUUGUAGAGUAGAGCGGCGACGGUUGGGAUGGGAGUGUUGGAUGAUGAGGAUCCAGGUACAGGCUGUGGG